CGGAAUAUUGCCUUAUGCUCAUUUGUGCAGAAUUUGUAAAUUUUUGGUUCAUUUUGGUGAUUUAUCAUUAAAUUAGUAAUUUUAAUUGCUUUCGGAAAGAUGUUCUAAGGAUUAAUUGGAUAUUUGGACGCAAUGUCUGUCGAUAUUCGUCGACUUUCUUUACCUGUCAUCGAAUAUCUGAAGCGUCCGACCUUGUACUCUUUGCGGAAAAUUGACGAUGAGCCUCAGAAGUGUUCCCUGCCGAAUAUUCCUGAAAUCACAGAAAAAGAGAUCCGGGAAGCUCUCAUGACGGAAGUGAUGUCUCACUGGUGUUACGGCAAAGCGCCUGCUAGAGAACUUACCAUCGUUGAUGUUAAGCAUUCCAUCUCGUUUCAGUAUUUGCUAGAAACUUUCACUGAAAGAAGAGCUACAUGUGAAAUAACAGAACCUUAUACAGGUGGUCCAUGGGAAAAAGAUGAGGACGGAGACCCUCCAGAUAUUUAUGAUGUCCCUGCAACACCUCCAGAAUAUUUCAAGAGCUACGUCUACCACCAGGAACUUCCGUGCUCAACGGAAGUUUUCGAUUGCGAAGAAUGCGAUGGUGAAGGUUCUUACGAAUGUCCCACAUGUUUUGGACAAGGAUGGGAGUUUUGUGUGUAUUGCAGAGGUAACAAGUGGAAUCCUUUAUAUGUUGAUGGCGGUGAUUUUGAUUGCAUAAAAUGCGAUGGCUCUGGUGAAAGAACGUGCUGGGAUUGUAAUGGAGACGAGGAUGUUGAUUGCAAAGUUUGCGGCGGAGCAGGUGAAAUGAAAACUUAUACGCGACUCCUAGUGAUUUGGUGUAAUCACGUAGAUGAUUAUAUUGUAGAAAAAGGCUCGGCCCUCAAAGGACAUCGGCUACGAUUGGCCACAGGAAUAAAUGUUUGUGAAGAGGAAGACCUCACUAUUAUAGAAUGUCAAAAUAUCAAGAUGGAGACAGGAAUGCGGUUGAAGAAAUGGGGAAAAUACUUUUCCAACUUGUUGAUGCCUUUGACGCAUUUCCCGAUUACAGCUGUGAGCAUGGCUUCUGUCGAGCUAAUAAAACGCCACGCCAAGAAAUACAAGGAUGAAAAAGUUUUGAAGCAGCGGCAUAGAGUCUUCAUCAUACCAGUAGCUACUGUACGCUACCAGUGGAAGAAACACGAAGGCACCUUCUACGUGUACGGAAACGAAAGAUUGGUACAUUUUCCAGAUUAUCCACAGAAAUGCUGCUGCUGUACGCUCAUUUGAAGAAACAUUUAAGUGUUUAUUGCAAUAUUAAGAAAAAUAUAAUCAGAAAAUAACUGCGUUAACUUUAUGGUGAUCAGAAAAUUGAAUGUUUCUGUGAAUUCAAAAUGCCAAAAAUUCAACCACAAUUUGCUUUAUUUGCUGUCUUAUGUGAGCACUUGUGGUUAGAAUAUCUGUAGAUGUUUUGUUAUCAUUUUUUUUCGUGAUUUUCAUUGUCAUAGUUUUUCUUCUAAA